UCCCCGGCUCCCGCCGCUCACUACACCCGACAGCCUUUGCGGCGGCCAACGUACUUUGCGAAAGGGUUGCUGGGAAACGUAGUCUCUUUCGCUGCAGUGUUGCGCGAUCGAGACAGGAGAAAGAACUACGUUUCCCGUAGUGCUCCGCGCUCCGGCGGCCGGGACAGCUUUGUUUGCAGAGGGCUUGGCAGGAGCGGAGCAGCCGGGGCUUUAAUAUUUGUUUGAGUCGUUUGGCUCCUGGGUGACUGCAGCUCCGGGAGAGCAGUGUCCACCACAUCAAUAUGGAAUUAACCCUGCAGUUUCUGUAGAGCUCUAAUAACCAGAAGAAUAUGCCAGAGAUGAUUUCUUCUCCUGAUCUCAGCAGUGAACCUGAGUUAAUGGCGCAGUACAUGUCGAACAUUACACGCGCUGGAGUCAUUGUCAAUUCUGCUUUCCCCAACCUGGAAUCGGGUGGAGACGUGCAGACGCUGAGGCCACCCAGUGCCCUCUCCGGAAUGCGGGUUCCCACGCCCUUCUCUGGCAGCAGUAGCCUAUUAAGUGAGGACUCUUUUGAAACCCAAAAUCCUGGCAAUAAACCACUACACCAUAAGCAGGACCAUGCAGGACAUGUGUCAUUACAUAAAGACCCUGACUGGGAAGGGAGCAGGAGUCGACCACACAGCAGACUACUACUCAGACAGGAGGAGGUUUUAAGAGAAGAACUCAAUGAUCCACUAUUAAAAAAACUUGAACAGCUUAAAGAAAUACAGCAGCAGAAACAAGAGCAACUAAAGCAGAAGCAGAUGGAACAGCUAAACAAGCUCAUGGAAGAGCAGAAACAGCUGCUAAAUCUGGUGACGCGGCAGCCGGCAUACACAGAACUGGACCAGAAGAACCUGCUGUCCGGACACCUGAGCAGCUCUAUGUCCCAAAAGCCCUUUUCACGCCUCAUGUCUCCGGUCAGUGGGAAUAUCCCUAGAGACUCCCCAUACGUGAAGCAGGAACUACUCACCAAGGAGAGAAGCCCAUCUCGCCCACCGUCUGUGUCUGUACGAGAGCUUAUUCCUGAAAAAUCCAAAACUCUAGAGGAUUUGUUAAAUGAGGAGGACACAGAAGAUUAUUCUGGUGAUGACUUUGAAACAGAAAAUUCCUCCCAUGGACAGGAUUCCUCCAGGUUACAGAGAGAGCCACUUAGUGGGAACAAUGUGGAGGACAGGCCUGUGUUUGGCAUCAAGGAAAGAAAGAAAUCGUUUGAAGAGUUCUUGGAGGAGCAGAUGAAGAUUGAGGAACAAAGACUUAAGCAAACCAGCCUGCAACAGGCCAUUGAAGAACAGUCGAAGAGUAAACCCACCGUUAGAAGACCCUUUCUGCGUAGAGGUGAGGGGAUUGCUAGAUUUAAAAGUGCACCUAUAAAACGAAGCAAACCUCAGGAGAACAAAGCAAUUCCUCAGAAGGUCCCAGAAGACACAGUUCCACAGAAGGCAGAGAAAGUUCACUUUCAAAGAAAAAUUGCAGCAUUGGGCAAAGAUCAGAUCCCUGAGAACAGUGCAGGAGGAGCGAGAGUUACAGCAAUACCUGCAAGAGAGAGGAAUGAGUCAGCGCAGAAGAAAGCCGUCCUGAAAAACCACAACUUAAGGCGUAGUGUGUCCUCAGCUACAGCACCUGGGCAGCUAGAGGAUAAAACCAUCAGCGGGAGAAGUUCUGUUCCACUGGAGAAAAAAGGAUUGCUAGAAUCUGAUAAAGAAAACGUAGACAGCACAAAGCCAACUGAAACAAGCAAUAAAACAGGCCAUAGAGUUCAUGAUGGUGGCACAAAAGAUGGGAAACCUGCAGAGUUAUCUUUUGAAGUUUCCUUCCAAAAACGGACGUUAAAUUGGGAGAAGGAAAAACAAAAGGAUCACUAUGAAUUAGAUGAGUUUUUACUUCUGGAGCAAGCGGCUGAGGACCUCUCCUUUUCUAGUAACUCUUCCUUUGUCCAGAAACUCCUUGAUCAGAAUUUUCAGACUGAUAGCCGCAGGUUGUCUUCUACUCCAGUUAAAUCUGCAGAAAAACCCCAAGAAAAAGCGGGAAACACUGCAAGGAGCACAAAUUUCUAUGAGAAAAUGGAUAUGCAGGUGCCCUUGUCUAGGAAUGCUCCUAAUAUUGUACUCUCUGAACAAAGUGGAAAAAACUCAUCUGAGUUACAUAGGACUAGUGAAAAUGCAAAAAAAUCUCCCUUUUCUGACCCUGUUUCAAGUGAAGGGGACUAUGCAUCUUCAGGGGAUGAACAUAGUAACUCUGUUUCAAGUGAAAAUGAAGAUGUAGACAGUGAUGGUAGCAUAAAGAAUGAUUGUCCUAAUGAUGAAGGACUUAAGGGUCCUGCGAAAAGACUUCACUGGGACAAUAAGGACAGGGAUUUUGAUUUAGACUUAUCAGAUGGAGAAGAUAAUGAUAGUAAAGAGAGAACCCUAUUGGCAGAAGACCAUAAAGAAUCCUUGAAAGAUGAUGAUAGUUCUUCAUCCUCGGAAUCAAGUCAGAUAGUGUUUGAUGAUGAACGGACUUGGGAUGACCUAGGUAAUGUGCAGAGCUUGAAAGGGGUUUAUGAAAGUAACUUUGCUUCUAAGCAGUUUAUCCCAUCUGAGUACACCAGCAGCCGACCUAUAGAUGCCCCAGACAAAGCCGUCACCAGGAAAGUGGCAUCAAAAAAAGGCGACCAACUCAAAGCUUCAACAGCUAGUACUCCAGACGCUGCCCCAGCCUCAGAACUCAUGAUGAAACUGUUUCCAGCUCUGAAGCCUAAAACGAAGCCAGAAGUACUGAGUGUAACUAAACCUGCGUCAAGUCAAGAAGGGCCAGGAGAUGUUGCACGAUCUCAACUUUUGAAGGAAAAAUUAGUUGAAUUAGAAACAGAAAUUGAACGGUUUAAGAUGGAAAACCUCUCCCUAGCAAGACUCCGUGAGGACAAAGAAAAAACUCUAGAGACUCUGAGAAAAGAAGUUGCAGACUUUGAGCAGCAGAAAGCAAAAGAACUGGCCAGGAUUGAGGAGUACAAAAAAGAGGAAAUGAAGAAGCUUCAAAAAGAGCGUAAAGUGUUUGAGAAAUAUGCUAGUGCUGCCCGAGCAAUACCAGACAAGAAAGAACGGGAGGAAAUCCAGACAUUAAAGCAACAGAUUAGAGACCUACAAGAGGAGUUAAAGAAAAAGGAGACAAAAUGGUCAACUACCCACGUGCGACUUCGAAACCAGAUAGAAACCUUGUUAAAAGAGAACGGGGAACUGCGGGAAGAAAUCAAGUUUAUGGAAAAAGUUCGGGUAGAGACAUGGAAAAAAUCUGAGGCUGUGGAAAUCAGAAAGAAAAGUGAAACUCCUACAAUUCAACUGAGGAGAUCAGAAUCUGUAAGUCCUCUACACAUGUUAAAACAGAGACGAACACCAGCGCCUGAACCAGAAAAGAGCACAAGGAUUCAAAGAAGCCAGUCACCCAUUAAAGUAUUAACGUCCAGAAGUUUCAGACAGACAUCUCUCAGUGACUCCAGUAAUUCUGAAGCAUCAAAAACCAAAGCAACAGAACCUGUGACCAGCACUACUCCGCAGGUUUCAGAUAAGGUGCUACAUACAGAGCCAAAAAAUGACAGCUCCUCUGUGAAAGACAAUGACCACGUCCAGGGAGAAAUUACAUAUCCAGAUGGAAAGGUAGAGCGAAUUUUAAGAAACGGCUGUCAUGUUAUUUUAUUUCCAAAUGGGACGCGUAAAGAAGUCAGCCAUGAUGGAAAGUCUACAACUGUGACCUUCUUCAAUGGGGAUGUUAAACAAGUGAUGGCAGAUCAGAGGGUGAUUUAUUAUUACGCUGAUGCCCAAACUACACACACUACGUACCCUGAUGGACUUGAAAUACUUCAAUUUUCCAAUGGACAAAUAGAAAAGCAUUUUCCUGAUGGAAAGAAAGAGAUAACUUUUCCAGAUCAGACCAUAAAAAACCUUUACCGCGAUGGAAGAGAGGAGAGCAUCUUCCCUGAUGGAACCAUCAUAACCACUAAUCCAGAUGGGACCAAAGUAAUAGAAUUUGAUAACGGACAACGAGAAUUGCAUACGCCUCAGUAUAAAAGGCGGGAAUACCCAGACGGAACAGUCAAAACCGUAUACACCAAUGGCCAACAGGAAACUAAAUACGCUUCCGGAAGGGUCAGGGUUAAAGACAAAGAUGGCAAUGUUAUCAUGGACACUAAGGUGUGAAGAGGCAGCGAUGAAUUAUUGUUACGUUAUUUAUGUCAUUAUUUCUGUUUGCGCUCACCAUGUAUAUAUGUUUUGUAAAAGCAGAAUGUCCCAUUAUGUACUUACUGUAUAUAUGAGCUGUACAUAAGCAUUUUAUUUUUUUAAUUAACAUGUAUUUAAAAUACAUUUAAUAUAAUAAACAAGAUUUGAUGUGUGAUUGUUUAUUGCAGAUGGGAAGAGCAUGGGUUUGUAAACCUAGGUCUACAGCAAUGUUUCCCAACCAGUGUGCCUCCUG